AUGCACUACAAAAUUUGCUCCGAUAUCUCUAGAAAUGAAUCAUGAAUAUUUACUUUAAUUACGAAGAGUUUUUUCUCAGGGGCGUCAAUAGUAGUAAAUACAAUAAAAUUCAUGUUGGAUGAAAUCGGAGAACCGGAAUAAAGAGAGCAAAGUUCUCGUGCGGCUUUGUUUACAACAUGCGAAUGCUUUGCGUAGCAUUGGUGCAUUGAUAGAAAGUGACAACUGACACGGAGCUAAUGACAGCAGUCAUGGUAGAAUCAGCUGUUUCAGAAUGUUGCUCCAAUAAUUGUUUGUGUAUACCCUAAUUUCCAGUUUCACUUUGUGGAUCCAGAAUGGGCGAUAAUAUUCGAGUCAAGGAGCAGUGGCAACUCCUUCAAAAUCUCAGAUCUACAGUGGAAGGGCUCUUAAAUAAUGGACUUUCAAACGUGUGGAAUGUUUAUGGAGGGCUCAAUCGAUUACAUAAUGUAAUGGAACAUAUAUUUAAGCAUGGAUGCAGAAUUUUUGACCCUACUGGUGAGCCCGAUUGUUGGAUUUUUAUCCAAGGUUUGAAUUGGCUUCAACCAUCUUUAGCUACCUCGCCAGUUAUUCGAGAAUGCGAUGAUUAUUUCUCAAAUUUACCUCCUAGAAUAGCAUCUCGGAAAGAUAUGUUGUGGCUCUACACAAGUUUAGAGAACCAUUCGCUCUCUCAAAAGUUGUCUUGGCUUUUAUCGGAUAAAGAACAUCUGCUUUCUUGCUUGGAACCGUGGGCGUUCUUGUGUCAAGAAACGUUAGCAGAAGCAACACUCAUAUGUUUAAAAGCAGUCGAAAAAAAUCAGCCUGCCCUUCUGACUGACAUUGAUCCUUGCUUGUUCUUACCUAACUGGAAUUGCGGUACAAACAGUCCAAAGAAGUUUCAUCGGCGUUCCUCUUCUUAUCCGGUAAACUUGAGAAGCGCGAAGCAAGAAAUGACAUUUCAAAAAUCGAAAGUUGCUUGUCAAAAAUGUAGCUCUGCCCUCUCAUCAUCUAUUUUUCACGAUUCUGCCUACUCGAAGAAAGUAUUUCCUGUAGAAAAGCAGGAGCCAACGAAAGAAGAAAUUGUAAAAAACGCAAGGAGUCGAACUAUUUUAAGAACGUGGAGCAGUUUUCCUGAUUUGAACAAAAAAUAUGGAUGUUUGCAGGGAAGAAGUACUUCGACUGAAACUGUGGCUUUUAAAAAAGCAGAGAAAAAAAUGUCCGCGCAUUCUAGGAAGCUCGAAUUGUCCUCAGUUAUCAGAGUUGAUUACUCUGAAGUCAAAGACGGAAUUCAGUCACCAGAGAGAAAGUCACCAAAGCCCAAAAGUUUUUCGCGGAAGGGGCGAAUUAAAAAAAAAGUUGCUCAAAAUUCUCAUGUGCCAAAGAAGUACAGCAGUGGAAGCUCGGAUACUUUGAAUUACGAAGAUUCUAUGAGAGCUGCUGCGAAUGAGCGACUCGCCUUUGGCAGACAGUCGAGUAUCGAGUCCUCAGUUACAGACUCUGUGCAAAUAGAAAUGCCGAUUUCUCCGAAAAGGAAAUCCUCUUUUCUGGCAGGCUCUGCUCCGGAGUUCGCGGCCCCUUGGAGUUUGGAAGUUGAAGGUCAAAAAGAUAUUAGAACUCCGAAAAAGAGCUUUAUGGAGGAUGGAGGAAGUAGCGUCCAACCGAUGGCAACUGGAUAUUUCCCUCGUCCUUUGAAAGGGCAAAGCAUCAUGAGCUUCCUGUCUUCUGCUCAGUUUUCGAGGGCGAAUGCGGAAUUGGACAGGGAAAAUGCUCAUUUUAGUAUUUCUGAGGCUAUGAUUUCUGCCAUUGAACAGGUCAAAUGUAAUAGACAACUGAAUUUGUUUGAAGAAUCCGUGGAGGAAAGUGACGAGGAGAUAAAUCAUUUGAAGCAGAGGAUUCGGUUUAGACGCCGACAAAGACAGGAAGAAAAAAGAAAAGGUGAAGCGUUUGUGCGCGAUCUUUUGAGUGACGGAAAGACUGAUACAACCACGACAGAUCAGAGUAUAAGCUCUCUAUCUACUUCUCCUGAAUGUCCAUCAGACAGUAUUUCUACGGAUGUAGAUGAAUCGGAAAUUGAUGACACGCGAAAUAUUUCGCAACUUGGACACUCUGGAAAUUCAGAUUCAGCACUUUCGUUGGAUGCGGAAUAUUUAUUUGGCUCGUCUCCGAGGAUAGGAACGGAGUCGAAUUUGACUGAUAGUACAAUUUCAGCAGAAGGAGUGGCCUUGUCUCUUAUUAGUAGGUUUAGUCAAAAGCAUUUGCCACGAGCGAGUGAAUUAAAGUGGCUUGUGUCAGAGCAAGAUGCACCUCAACAGUUGCUGCCUUUGCCAAAAAAUUGGUCGAUGAGCUUGGAUGAAAUGGAAGUGAAUCAAGUGAUAGACUCGUGUCAACCAAUCCCACUUCGAGGAACUAUAGAAUGGGCUCCACCCAGGCCACAAAUUAUUUUUACACAACAUCUACCACCAGUGAGAAGAACUUUAAUAGCAAAACAGAACUACAGAUGUGCUGGUUGUGGAAUGAAAGUAGCGGUGGAAUACGCAAAUAGAUUUCGCUAUUGUGAAUAUUUAGGAAGAUAUUUUUGUACUGGUUGCCAUGCGAAUCAAGUGGCUUUGAUACCUGGAAGAAUACUUUCAAAAUGGGAUUUCAAUAGGUAUCCAGUCUCGAACUUUUCCUAUCGACUUUUGGAACAAAUGACAAUAGAUCCGCUUUUCCACGUAAAAGAUUUAAAUCCAUUGUUGUAUAGGCGGGUGAGACAGUUGGAACGAACCAGAAUACUUCGAACUCAGUUAUUUUUCUUUAAGGAUUUCCUUUUCACUUGCCGCUUCGCGACGAGUUUGCAGGAAUCGCUGAAGAAAGAACCGAACCAUUUAUUGAACGAUCCUCAUGUUUAUUCCAUACAAGAUUUCGCCAAUGUAAAACUUGGAGUUCUUCCUAUGGGAUUACAGAAAUUGAUUGAAGAUUGUUACGCACACGUGGCAGAGUGCAUGUUGUGCGAGGCUCGUGGUUUCAUGUGCGAAUUCUGUUGCUCCAAAGACGUAAUUUAUCCAUGGGAACUGAACAAAGUCACGAGGUGCGAGGCAUGUGGAGCAUGCUUUCAUAUUAAUUGUAGAAACGAAUCUGCCUCGAAAGAAUGUAAAAGAUGCAUCCGAAUGCAGGCAAGAUGCUCAUCUAAAGAAGAGCCUUUUUGACCCAGGUUCUACAAUAUUUAUAUAUCAAUUCACGUAUAAUUAAAAUUCACAAAGAGAAAAGAUUGAAAAUUUAGAGGUAGGAAGAUGAUAGCGUUAAUGUGCGGGUGCCGGACAACUAUCUCAGACUAGACAAAUUUUCCCUACUGCGGGUGAGUAGUUUAUGAACUAGAGUGAAUUAGUUACUCUAUUUUCAAUGUAAUAAGAGAAAAAUAUUUGAAUCUUAUAUUUUUCAAAGGUAGAAUUCUGACAGUAUAAUUAUUAUUGCACAGCAUUGUAUUGACCGCGGAAUCUAGAGUAUAAGAAUUCGACAAAUACUCGUAAGCCUAAUUUAUUUAUUAGUUAAUAAUCAUUAAAGGCACAAUCACUAUCUUUAAACGUAAAUUAUUACUGCCUAGGCUUCGUGUUUUUACUGAUUUCGUAAUUUUCUCAUGGACACUAGAUACGUAGUAAGAUUGUAAGUAAAAAGUGAUAUUCGUUACAAAAAUUUUAAGACUGGAACAACAUGUAGACUUGAAGAGCCUUGAAUAGAGUUGUUGAAGCUAGGGAAAUUGAAUUGAAUAUUCUGUAAUUUCUUUUUUAAAAAAACUGCAACUUUUAUAGAAUUAUGUGACAUGUAGUUUAAAAAGUAAUUCAAAAUAAUGUAGGGAAGUUGAACGCUUUUAGACAUAAUUCAAGGUGUCUAUGUAAAAUAUUCAAGUACACUUUUUCUACAGAUUAAAGAGAGGCCAACAAUAUAUUGUGUUUUGUAUGAAAGAGAAGCACUAAUAAUUUAUCAUAUUUGAUUAGAAUAUAUAAUACACAAUUUAAAUGUCUUUUUAAAUAUUUAAAUUAUUUACCGUCCUUUAAUAGUGAAAAAUAUAUUUUAUACGCGAAAUUUUUAUUUAUUUAAAUUAUUAAUGUUUUCAUUAUUAUUAAAGAGAAUAGAUUAAUAAUUAGAAACAGUAGAAAUUCGCACAUACCUUAAUAAUAGAUUGAACAAUGGAGCAAAGUUAGUUUUUAAGUAAAUCUUUAAAGUGCGCUAUUUAUUUUGUAAAAAAAGAAAUGGGUUAUCGACAAAGUGUACAAAUAUUAGAUACGAAAAUAAAG